GUCCACAGAAGAAGACCAGCUCUCUCUGUCUCUUGGCCAUGGCGGUGGUACCGUACAACUGCACGUAACCUUUCCCGAGCUCCGAUUUCUAGGGUUUGCUUUCGUCUCUGUAACCUCUGCUUCUCCUUUUAUCUCGCUGCCAUUUUUGUACUACCUCAUUUUCUCGAAAAAUGAGACACCAGCUACGUAUUUCCCCGUAUUUCUGUUUUAGUAUUUUUUGUGUGUGAUAAUGUUCGCCGUUUUUCUGUUUGGUUACCAAGAAUGUGUGAGAAAAGAGAAGAAAAGGAAAGUACACAUUUGAUCGGAGCCAUUUCGUUGUAGUAGCUCAAUGAACAAGUCCCUCAGUGUAGCCGAACCAAAUACACGUCGUUUGGCUUGAAUGAGUUGCGUUUCCUCGAUUUUCAUUCAUUUUUUUAACCGUCCCUUUCCUGAGUUUCUGCGGCCAAACAAAAAAACAAAAAAACAAGGGUUAGAGCCUUCUAGGUUUGUUUUAGAUUUCGUGGUGGAGUGGAACCUGCUUGUUGCUGUUAUAUAGCGUUUGAUUUGGGACGUAAUUUUUUUUUUCCUUCUCCUUGCGAGUAUUCUAGGUUAAAUGUUGAUGGUGAUGCUCAAGUUCAGUUUUAAACUAUGAAUUUCAGGUUUAUUCAAUAUCAGGAUUGUUCGUCACAUUGGUGGAAAAAUUAUGAUGAAAAAAUGUAAGAAAAGGAAAAGAAACAAGAUGGGUUAUCUCCUUGUAUGGGAAAAUAGAGAUUACUUGUUCAAAGGGAAAGCCCUAAUUGUUAGUUUUCCCCCAUGUUAGUCGUUCGAAAAGUUGGCAGGAAUGUUGCACUUGUCAUUUUUGGUUUUUGGCUUGGUCCGUAUUAGUUAACUGCUGCCACUGUUUGACUGCAGUUUGACUUAUCUAUUUAUUCUAGAGAUAGCAGGAAGUGCAUCGAUAUAUUUUCCAGAUCAUUAGUUUCCUGAGGUCACGAAUUGGGUUCGUGCAAUUCAAGUUUGUAGUUAGUAUGUAUGUCCAUGUAUAUUCAACGGCAUCUUUUUCGGGUGAUCCUUGAGUUCGCAACAGCGGAGAAAUGAGUGUAAACGAAAGAAGUUGUUUUUGCAUGCUUUCUGUAGGUUUGUUCGACGAAGGUUUUUUGGAUUUCAUCAAGGCCAUUUUCAUUACCAUAGAGUUUGUUAGGGAUGGUUCUGGAGGCUUACUUGGAUUCCUUAGGCCGUGGCAUUCCGCUCCUUAGUGAUAGCCUUACUGAUGCUGCAGCAACAUCAUCUCACUUUGGUAUGUCAUCAGGAAGUUUGUCAGCUUACAUUGCUAGAAUGGCACGCAUCAAUGCCAAUUUGGUAUCUGGAGAUGGAAACUCAACAGUGUUAAACAACAGUACAAAUUCAGGACCAAGUGUUGGAUCGAGCUCCUUAGUUACGGAUGCCAACUCGCCCCUUGUGGGCGCUUCUCAUUUCCAUAGAGGUGGCAGUACCAAUAUGGACUCUUACCUUACCUUACCCUCUUCACCCUUGUCAUUCUCGUCAACUAACUUCAGCACUUUAGUAAUUGAUGCUUCCUCCAAGGAACAACCCACAUGCUCCCAUCGAGACCAAAACAGCCAAGUAGGAGAUAAAAGGCUGUGCCCGCAGCUUCAGAUUGGUGGUACUGCCACAUCCCAACCAACAUCACAAGCUCAACAAGGUUCACAUCAUACUGGAAAAAGAAAGGAGCCUGGUAUAGCUCAAAUGUCUAAGAAACCUAGGCUGGAUAGGAACCAAGAGAACAUUCUGCACCAGAAGAUUAUUCAACAGCUACUGCAGAAACAGGACACCAUGGCGAUACAAGAUCAUAAUCAGCUGCUGCAGGCAUUGAUGCAGCAGCAUAAGCUACGAAAUCAGCAGCAGCAAUAUAUUCGGAAUUCAGUUCCGCAAUUUGUUGGGAUUCCUAUACAGCAACAGCAGCAACAACCCAUGAGACAUCAUUUGCAACAGCAGGUCAAUCUUCAAAUUCCUGCGGUCCAGCCCCAUGAUGCUGGUAUCUGUUCUCGACGGUUGAUGCAGUAUGUGUAUCAUCUGCGACAUCGACCACCUGACAAUAGCCUAGCAUAUUGGAGGAAAUUUGUGGCAAAUUAUUAUGCUCCUGGUGCUAAGGAAAGGUGGUGCCUCUCUUUAUAUGAUAAUAUUGGAGGACAUGCCCUUGGGGUUUUCUCCCGUUCAGCAACGGCAUGGCACUGUGGCAUCUGUGGUUCCAAGUCAGGAAAGGGAUUUGAGGCUGUUUUUGAAAUACUUCCUAGGCUUAUUAAAAUAAAGUUUGAGAGUGGGGUUAUCGAUGAACUUCUAUUCCUGGAUUUUCCACAUGAGGUUAGAUUUCCUUCUGGAUUAAUGAUGCUGAGAUAUGGAAAGGCCGUUCAAGAAAGUGUCUAUGAGCAAUUUCGAGUUGUACGUGAGGGUCAACUUCGUAUAAUUUUCAGCCCUGACUUGAAGAUACUGUCUUGGGAGUUCUGUGCGCAGCACCAUGAAGAACUUGUUCCUCGUAGUUUGGUUGCUCCUCAGGUAAAUCAGUUGAUUGAGGCUGCAAAAAAGUGUCAAGGUACCACUGAAGCUGUCAGAUCCAAUGCCGUUUCAGCACAAUAUUUGCAAUCAAGUUGCAAUGUGUUUGUUAAAGAAGGGCGACGGCUCACAGGGAAUCUGGAGUUGUUAUUGGUGAAUGACUUGGGGUUUCCCAAGAGAUAUGUCAGGUUCUUCCAGAUAGCUGAAGUUGUCAAUAACAUGAAAGAGUUGAUGACUUUCAGUCGUGACAACAAAAUUGGACCAAUAGAGAGCUUGAAGACUUACCCUCGUAAAGAAACCACAGGCCAGGCCAAGAAAAUGCAUGAAACAGAGCGGCUAGCAAGUGCUGCAGUGUCUCCUGGUUCUAGCAACACCAUGAAUGAGAAAUCUGAUGUGAAGAAGGAUGGAAUUACGACUGGCUCAGAAAAGGCUGGAUUGGCAGUAAAGCAUGAGCGUUCUUGUACAAUCAACUCUUCUACCCAGACUGGAAUCUCUUUACCAUUACCAUUUCUAGGCCCUCAAUCUUCAAGUCCACGAGUAAUCCAAAGCCCACCAGUCAGUGACUUGUCAACUUCUCAGCUCCCUCAUGACGGAGAUGAUGAACAUCAUCGGACAAUUCAAAAUAUACUGCAGCAAAUGGUUUACAACAGCAGAGCAAAAUGGGUGCAGAGUGGUAAUACCAAGGUGAAGGAAGAAGUCCUCGAAGAACUCGAUGGAAAUCAAGUAGGCAAACUGUCAACAAGAGCUUGGGCCCCAGCAAAUGUGUUGGGUAGUACUCUGGGGAGGAGCGACUACUUUGAUACCGGCUCUAACAGCAACUUCUCUCGGAUUUAUAGCGAAAACACUAUCGUCAAGAGAGAAGCUGAUAUUCUUGGGAGGUUUCAAUUGCCUGAAGCGGUUCAGGAUAUGGAUUACGAGUUCUUUAAAAAUGGAGUUCUGAAUGAUGACUGGAAGUGGAAGGCAUAAGUGGUUUUUUUUUUUUUUUUGGGGAAAACUGAAGGCAUAAGUGGGUCAGUCUUACCCUUUUUGUGUGGUCUUUGGAUUAUAUAUAUACUUGCAAAGUCUGAAUUGUAUCAGAAAAGAAGUGUUGAUAGAUUACCCCCGUCUAGAAAGUUCAGCUAUGUAAGCAAAUGCUACAUGAAUACGGAAUACGGUUUUUUGAUAAGUCA